AUGAUAACUCAAUUUAAAACAAGUCGCAUUAACAUUAUAUUUGAUCAAUAUUUUACACCCUCAAUUAAAGAUUGUGAGCGUACACGUAGGGAUGAAUCGGUCAGCCCAGUUUCGAUAGGACCUAAUCAAAUACGACUUCAAAACUUCACUGCUCAGCCUAAAAAUAUUCAAUUCAAAGAACCUCUAGUUAAUUUUUUUAUUAACCACUGGUCUACUGACGACAUGGCACCUUUGAUUGGUAAUAAAACAAUUUACUUAAGUUUAAACGAGUGUUACUGCUAUCGGGUUGAAGAUAACAAGGUAAUUAUGACUAAAGAUGAUUUAUUAUCAUGUGAAGAACACGAAGAAGCCGAUUCUAGGAUUAUAUAUCACAUUUGCCAAAUUAAUUUUGAGGCUGACGUUGUUAUAAGGUGCUCGGAUAUUUUACUAAUACUUCCUGGUAAUAUGGACCAUUUAAGUGCUUCCCUAAAACUUUGGAUUACCAUGGGCGUUGUAAAUCAUCAACGAUAUGUUAACAUCAAUCAUAUGUAUAAUAUUCUGGGCAAUACUAUAUCUAAAGCUCUACCGGGUUUCCACGCAAUGACUGGAUGUAAUUACAUACCUGCAUUUUUCCGUAAAGGCAAACUCAAGCCUUUCAAAUUAUUGAUAAAAUCGGUAUAUUAUCAAUUAGCCUUCCAAAAUCUUGCUACCGAUGAUGAAGAAAUACUGAAGGAUGCAUUUGUCACCUUAGAGAAAUUUGUUUGUCAUAUGUAUGGAAUUCGUAAUAAUAGCAAUGUCAAUGAUGUUAGAUUUCACUUAUUUUCUACUACUUAUCAAUCCAAAAAUUUCAACGACAACUUCGAAAAAAAAUUUAAGAAUUUCGAUCCAUCAAGCCUACCUCCUUGUAAAGUUGAAUUACAACAACAUUUAUUACGAGUUCGCUAUGUGACAGUUUUGGAGAAAUGCUUACUUAAAAUACCCCACGUCGUUAUCACCACUAGCUUGCGGUUGGACAAUGAACGACAACAAAUAUGA